AUGAACGAAUCUCACGCAAUCUCGCUCUUUGAAAAGAAGGUUGGGGCACAGCCCGAGCGCUCUGCAAGUAUUCAGCUAGCUGCCGCUCUAGAGUUUAUGCCACUCGCGAUUGUGCAGGCGGCGGCUUUUAUCAAGCAAAGAGCACCACGAGAGUCAGUGCCACAAUAUUUGCAAAGGUUUCAGAAAAGCGAUAAGCAGAAAAUCAAUCUUCUUGAUUAUGAAGGGGGCCAACUUCGCAGGGACCCAGAAGCCAAGAAUGCUAUCCUUGUAACAUGGCAGAUAUCAUUUGAGGAUAUUCAGGAAAGAAGGCCAUCAGCAGCAGGUCUCUUAUCUCUCAUGAGCUUCUUUGAUAGACAAGGGAUCCCCAACAGUCUCCUGCAGGAAGUUCAAGCUACAAAAGGGAAAAACAAAGAGAGCGAUUCAAGUGACAGAGAAGAUGAAAUAAGCGUGUCCAGCGACGCCGACAAGUUUGAGAACGAUAUAUUAUUGCUCAGAGACUAUUCGCUGAUAUCCGUCACGUCAGAUCCAGCAAAUUUUGAGAUGCAUCGAUUGGUCCAACUAGGAAUGCAGAAAUGGCUUCAAGCUCAAGACCGCUUAGAGCACUGGAAUGAAGUUUUUAUCCCAAGGUUGGAUAGACAUUUUCCCGAAGGAAGGUUUGAGAAUUGGAAAGAGUGUCAGAUGCUAUUUCCUCAUGUGCAGUGUGCAACCUUGCAGAAACCGGUCGGAAAAGGCUCAAUGGAAAAGUGGGCAUCACUUCUUCACAAAUCAGCGUUGUUUGCAUGGGAGAGAGGGAACUUCAACGAUAGUAGAAAGAUGGGAAUGAAAGCAAUGAAAACAAGGGAAAGUCUAUUUGGGGCGAGGAACGAAAGAACACUGAGGAGUUCUAAUAUGCUUGGUUUAGCGUAUAGUCUGGGAAGGGAAUGGAAAAAAGCCGAAGAUCUCCAGCUGCAGGUGAUGGAGACUCGUAAGGAGGUACUUGGACCAGAGCAUCCCGACACUCUGACUAGCAUGGCCAACCUAGCAUCAACCUACUGGAAUCAGGGGCGAUGGAAGGAAGCCGAGGAGCUCGAGGUACAGGUGAUGGAGACUUUCAAGGAGGUUCUUGGGCCAGAACAUCUCUCUACUCUGACCAGCAUGGCCAACCUAGCAUCAACCUAUUGGAAUCAGGGGCGAUGGAAGGAAGCCGAAGAUCUCCAGCUGCAGGUGAUGGAGACUUGUAAGGAGGUACUUGGACCAGAGCAUCCCGGCACUCUGACCGGCUUGAAUAAUCUGGCAUUAACCCUAAGAUCGCUGGGCGAAAAUGAAACUGCGUUACAAAUGAUGACCACGUGUGCUGAAUAUCGCAGCCAAAAGUUAGGCCCUCAUCAUCCAUCCACCUUAUCAUCAAUGACCACUUGCAAGGAGUGGCAGAGUUCAGACAAAUUAUGGCCACGACUUAAUCAGUUACAUGCUGGAGACUUAGAAGCUGAGAGGCUUGAAGACGUGAAUGGUGUUCACGAUACGACAGAUAACCCCAGACGUGAGUUCAAAAUGAGCGAUGAUUCGGUGGGUCAGGGCACGAGGGGGAAAAGCCCUGAACCAAAGACUUCGGUGGGCGCGAGUCCCGAGACCACAGCCACGGCAGGCAAUCGCAACAGUUCGGAAAGCAAUAGCGACACCCAAGAGAGUAACAACGAUGAUCUAGAGACCACAGCCACGGCAGGCAAUCGCAACAAUUCGGAAAGCAAUAGCGACACCCAAGAGAGUAACAAUGAUGAUCUAGAGACCACAGCCACGGCAGGCAAUCGCAACAAUUCGGAAAGCAAUAGCGACACCCAAGAGAGUAACAACGAUAAUCUAGAGACCACAGCCACAGCGGGCAAUAGCAACAGUUCGGGAAGCAAAAGCGACACCCGAGAGAGCAGCAAUGAUCACAAACGUAAACCGCCGACACACGGCGAUAGAUCUAAAAUUGAUGCGGCAUCUCAAAACGAUCGUCAGAAGAAACGACGGGAAGGCGAGACCGCAGAUACCGCGUCACAUAAUAAUCGCCCCCCCAAAAAACGGAAGGGUAGGGAACCUGCUAUUGAUCUUGAUUCAACCCUCGUCAAAGAAUGGCUUCAAAACCCAAUUUCAUUUUUCUCAUCGGAAUUAACGCUCCAUGAAAAACCAUUCGGCAGUACAUGUCAGUAUCUGCAAAGUCUUGGAUCAUCGAGUGAACUCGAUCGUGUCCGAAAGCGAAUUGUCAAAGCGCUCUUUCAUCGACUGCGAAAAAGACUGGGAACUAAUCGCCUUACUCAAAGUGUCGUCAAGGAUCUAGCAAAAAUUGCUUCCAACUCAACCCAUUUCAAAAUCUCUUUUGAAACCAUGAAAAAUUGGCUGGAUGAGGGGAAACGACUAGAUUCUCUUUGCUGGGCAAUUGCAGGAAAUAAAAAGGAAGGCUCGCAGCCUCAAAACUAUUUCUAUCUGGGUAGCUUAUUUUUUCUGAGAAAAUGUACCGAUACGGAGUAA